AUGAGUGACACGGGCGAGGACUCGAAGGCCAACAUCAAGCCCGAGGGUGCGUCCGACCCCAAUGUACUGAGCAUCAAGGUCAAGGAUCAGCUUGGAGGAGAGGUCGUGUUCAAGGUGAAGAAGUCCACCAAGUUCGAAAAGAUCCUGAACGCCUUCUGUCAGAAGAAGGCCGUGGCGAUCUCGGAAGUGAGGUUUGUGUUUGAUGGCACCAGGAUCAACCCAAGUAUGACACCAGAGGACAUGGAGAUGGAGGAUGGGGACACGGUGAGGCGAUGA